CCUGUCUACAUCAGUGGCAUUUCAACCUGAUGACAAAAGCUGUCGACACUGUGUGGAGUCGGACUUGAUAUCUUGUGAUUUUUAAAUGUGUAUGGUUAUAUUUGCUCCGAUUUUUGCCAUCUGUGCUUUUGCAACAUGUGGAGGAUACUAUGGUCAUCUCCAGGUUAAAGUGGACUGUGCAAACAGACGGCAGAGUAACCUCAGCAUCAACAUUGAUUUUGGCUAUCCUUUCAGAUUACAAGAAGUGCAUUUCAAGGCUCCCCUGUGUGACACAAAGAGAGAAGAGAUUCUUUUCCUGGAUGGCAACUUUUCCUCAGCUGCUCAGUUUUUCCUGACUGUCGGUGUUUUUGCUUUCCUGUACUCUCUGCUGGCAACCAUUGUCUAUGUCUUCUACCAGAACAAGUACCUGAAGUACAACAGGGGGCCACUUGUGGAUUUUCUAGUUACCGUCGUCUUCUCCUUCAUGUGGCUGGUCAGCAGUUGCUGUUGGGCCAAAACUCUUUCUGAUAUCAAGGCGGCCACAAAUCCAACGCAAGUGCUUCUUCUAAUCUCAGCCUGCAGAGCUCCGGAGAACAAAUGUACAGCUACCCAGGAGCCUGUCUGGUCACGUCUAAAUAUAUCUGUGGUUUUUGGUUUUAUAAAUGUCAUCCUCUGGGUUGGAAAUAUCUGGUUUGUCUUCAAAGAGACAGGCUGGUACAAGACAGGUCAGAGAUAUCCAACCAGGAGCGCUUCUGGGAAACGUGCCAGUGAAAUGCGACAGCGGCUCUACACCGAGAGCAGCUUUGACCAGCCAGAGGAGAGCUUUGGUCCACAGCCCUCCAGACAAGACAGUUUCAAUCAGUCAAAGGGGGAUUUUGGCCAGCAGGUCUACAGACAAGGUAGCUUCAACCAGCCACAAGUAAGCUUAAGCUUACCACAUGCAUAUCUCGGCAAACCGGUCAUUUAUGAUAGUGAGAAUAAAGUGGCUUCUCAAGGGCCAAAGAUAUUUGUUAAUGAGAUGUGAUUUGGGCUUUGCUAUAAUAAUGCUGUACAUGGAAACAAUAAACAAAAACAUUUAUGAAUACAUGAACAAAACGUAAAACACAACGUAAAGGGUUUUUACUCUGGAUAAAUUGAUGUAGAUCAGUUGAACAUUAAAAUGAAGAAAUUUAAAGUCAAUAAUGUGCUGACUAAUCUAUAAACUGGUAUUACUGCAUGCUUUUUGCUCGGCAUGUCUCAGAAGUCACUUGACAGUUAAGUGGUGGUCACUGAAAUUAAAAAUGAAUAAAAAUGAAGAGGGUGGAAUACUUGUGGAGUGUCAUGAGUCAUGAGACAGAAGUCCAAAAAAUCAUUACAAGCCAAUAUUCAGAUGGAAUCAUGAAACUGGAUUAAUAAAAAGAACAACAAAAACAAAACAAUCAGAAACAACAAUAAAACAGUGGUUACCACAUUGAAACACCUAGAAACUCUAAUAUAAACUAACGUUAGCUCACGUAGCUUUAAACUAUCAUUGGCCCUGGAGAACUACUUAUUUAGCUAUUAAGAUUUUAAGUAUUGUGUAAUGCAAAGUACUUACAAGUACUACAUAGAAGAUAUUGAUGAGUUUGAGAUGUGUUUCUUUGUAAAUUUCUUAUUUUGUUUUUUAAAAAAUUGACAAUUUGUUUCUCUCUUUUACUCCAAAUGCCCCGAAAUCCAUUAAAAUAAAAAAAAUCAAAGAAUAAAACAUGGUGUUAGGACAUGGACCAUUUAUCUGCUGUAUUGAACUAGUUUCUCUUGAAUUAUUAUACAUGUUUUUACCUGUAAAUGUAAACAACUGACACACUUUUGACAAUGCCAGUUGUACAUUACAGUACAUAUUUUGCUAUAUACAGUGUGUGUGAUGGAAAUAAUGUGCAGUAUCAGUUCAGAAAUAUAUAACCAAUGUUCUCUAUAAAUAUUUAAUGUUUGAUUGUCUCAUAUAUUCUCUUUGUUAUUACCAAUGGAUAUCCUGGUAUUAUAAUCAAUG